UUCACGGCUGGACCUGAGCAGCAACUCCACCCACCAGUGCCGGUAGGCGGGUCGUUGAUCAUGACAGACAGCUUACAAACUAGGUAUCGCUCGAUCUUGUGCGCAAAAGCGUGUCGGUCAAGCUACAGCAGGUGGAUCAUUGGAGACAAUAUAAGAACAUGAAGCAUGAUGCCAUGCCGACGCCAAAUGCGUGCGCUCACUCGAUGAUAGUUCCCUACCAGUAAUCAUCCAUCAGCCCAACAUGCGCUCCAUACUGCCUGCGUUCGUGGGCACGGCCAGUGCUGCUUCGACCCUGUUGUCUGGCGGCACCAUCAUCGCCUUCAACAACGAGACGAAUGGCCUGGACGUGGUCCGCAACGGCUCCCUGCUCAUCACCGACGAUCGCAUCGCCUCGGUCAACUCGUCCCCCUGGCCACGCAACCUGCCCAAUGACACCACCACCAUUGAUGUCUCCGACCAGAUCAUCACGCCUGGCUUCGUCGACACGCACCGUCACGGCUGGCAGACGGCCUUCAAGACCAUUGCCUCCAACACCACUCUCGCCGAGUACUUUGGUCGGUAUGGCGAGUUUGCGGCCGCGAGCAGCUUCGACGCCGAGGAUGUCUACCUGGGCCAGCUCGUCGGCAUGUACGAGUCCCUCGACGCCGGCGUGACGACCGUCCUCGACCAUGCGCACCACACGUGGUCCAACGACACGGCGUAUGCAGGGCUCAACGCGUCCAUUGACAGCCGCGCCCGUGUGUUCUGGGCCUACACCUUUCACAAUAUCACGAGCCUCAACUACACCAUUGAGAUGCAGUUCCCCAACUUUCGCGAGAUCGCCGAGUCGGAUCUGUACGCCGGCUCACCAGUCGAGCUCGGCAUCUCGUACGACUCGUGGGGUCCCACGCCCGGGCCAGAGACGCACCAGAUCGCCCAUCUGGCCAACGAGUACAAUGUCUCCGUCGUGACGACGCACUCCCUGGCCGGACCCUGGGGCAUCACCAACCUCCCCUCCGACCUGCACCGGUUCGACAUCCUCAACACGUCCAUCCCCGUCGUCUUCUCCCACGGCAGCUUCAUCACCGCCAACGACGCCCAGCUGCUGCGCCAGACGGGCCAGUACCUGUCCAUCACGCCCGAGUCGGAAAUGCACUACGGCCACACCCAUCCUCACAGCCGCUUCAUCCAGGACCAGGCCGCGCUCGGUGUGGACACGCACUUUACCUUUGCGGCCGACAUCCUGACCCAGGCUCGUCUGUGGCUGCAGACCGCCAGGUACGACUUCUUCGACGACGUCAUGAAGAAGUGGGAGAUUCCGAGCACCAACCCCAUGAGUGUCGAGCAGUCCUUCCUUCUGGCGACGAGGUCUGGAGGGCAGGCCUUGCACAGGGAGGACAUCGGUGUCAUUCAGGCUGGCGCCAAGGCGGACGUCGUCGUGUGGAACGCGAAGGACUCGUGGUCGAUGCUGGGCUGGGUCGACCCUGUCGCUGCCGUCAUGCUGCACGCCAACCCCGGCGAUGUUUUCCACGUCAUUGUCGAAGGUCAGCUGGUUAAGAAGGACGGCAAGCUGACCGACCCCAACCACGAGGAUGUCAAGAGUCGCUUCCUAGAGAGCGCCAGGAAGAUCCAGAAGACCUUUCGCGAGACGCCGUACCCCGAGCUGGAGGGCAACUGGGAAUACAGUGGGUUCCCCUUUGCCGCGCCUCAGAUCGCUGAUGUUGAGCCCGGCAACGGGACGGGCUACGGACAGCUGUGGUUGGAUCAGUAGCUUCGUGGCUGCGACGCCUGGCGUGAAUCCUCGUCAUGCGAUUUGAAAAUAUAGUAGUUACAAUAAUACAUAUUACACAUAUGCGUACACCUUCCGCCCCCCCUUUUAUCUCUUCACGUUACGGAAUGUGCUAAUGAUCCAUCUCUGCUCCUUGUGUUUCGGCGCGGCGUCGCUCGCCCCGAGCACAGGCAGCCCGCGCGCCUUGAGCUCCUCCUCAAUCACCUUCCAGCGA